GGCUUCGAUUGUCACAAAUAACGCUCUCUCUCUCUCGGUACCUCAGUUUCCACUGCUGCAUGCGUCCAUGAGCAGCUUGAAGGUCCUGGAGAUGACAUCCAUAUGAACGGAGCAAUACGUCGAGCACCUCGAAUGCUUCUACACGCAUCACCGUCUUGGUCUUGAUCUUGAUACGCAUUCGAUCGGACCCGUCUCCCGGCGAUUCCGGCGAUCGAGAUAAGGGAGCGCGUUCCCCAUCACCGUUUUUGCGGGCGGCGGGCGGCGGCAUGAACAACGGCGAGGGGAGGCGACUGAGCGGGCAGGCGGAGGAGGAGGACGACGAGGACGACGUCGAUGACGGAGGCCGCGAGGCGUGGGAGCGGACCUACGCCGACGAGAGGUCCUGGGAGUCCCUGCAGGAGGACGAGUCCGGGUUGCUCCGCCCGAUCGAUAACAAGGCCCUCUACCAUGCUCAGUACCGGAGGCGCCUCCGCUCCCUCGCCGCGACUAACGCGGCUGCUCGGAUUCAGAAGGGCCUGAUCCGGUAUCUCUACAUCGUCAUCGACCUCUCCAGGGCUGCCUCAGAGACGGAUUUUCGACCGAGCCGGAUGGCCGUCGUUGCAAAGCAUGUCGAGGCUUUUAUCCGGGAAUUCUUCGACCAGAAUCCGCUCAGUCAAAUAGCUUUAGUUACCAUAAAAGAUGGGGUUGCUAAUUGCUUGACAGAUCUUGGUGGAAGUCCUGAAUCCCAUAUAAAGGCUCUGAUGUGCAAAUUGGAGUGCUUCGGUGAUUCCUCGUUGCAGAAUGCUUUAGAUCUUGUUUGUGGAUACCUGGAACAGAUUCCAUCAUAUGGUCAUCGGGAAGUUCUGAUAUUGAAUUCAGCUCUAAGCACUUGUGACCCUGGAGAUAUUAUGGAGACCAUUCAGAAAUGCAAAAAGUCAAAAGUCAGGUGUUCUGUUAUUGGUCUCUCUGCUGAAAUUUUCAUAUGCAAACACAUUUGCCAAGAAACCGGGGGACUGUACUCCGUUGCCGUAGAUGAGUCUCAUUUAAAGGAGUUGAUCCUGGAGCAUGCACCCCCUCCUCCUGCAAUAGCAGAGUUUGCAAUUGCUAAUUUGAUCAAGAUGGGUUUCCCCCAAAGAGCAGCGGAAAAUGUAAUCUCAAUUUGUUUAUGCCAUAAAGAGGCUAGGGGUGGAGGAUACACUUGUCCAAGAUGCAAAGCAAGAGUGUGUGAACUACCUACUGAAUGUCGUAUCUGUGGGCUCACCCUUGUUUCUUCUCCCCAUUUGGCAAGGUCGUAUCAUCAUCUGUUUCCUAUUGCAACUUUUGACGAGGUUACUCCCGUACGACUCAGUACUUCUCAGCACAAGCUACCCAAAUCUUGCUUUGGAUGUCGACAAAGUCUUCUCAAUCCUGGGUGUCUGCUUUUACUUUUUAUUCUGAUUGAAUUGAUAUCAAGGAAAGCUGUUUAGACUUGCAAAGAUAUUCAUGACCUGAGGUUGGUGCGACAAAAGUAAGAUAAUUUACUUUCACCUUCAUGAUGCCUGUCCACCGUGGACCUCAACAAUAUCUCAUACUGGGGGACAGAAAAAAUGGCGCUGUAGUUAUUUCUUCGGGAGAGUGAUUGACCGAGGUUUUGAUGUUGAGGUGCAUUUUCCUUCCGUACGUAAUAUUGAUGUGUGUAAUUGAGCAAACUCUGACACCUGUGGACUAUAUGUGGAAGGUGUGAAUGAAAAAGAGUUUGUACUUUUUUCUGCUUCAAAGAUUCCUUUUAUUGAGGUUUGUUAGAGCUAGAGAAGGUCUUAAUCAAUGCAACAUGGAAUAGCAUAGCAUGAAAGUAUUUUAUAUUUGAUGAAGACAUUUGUCGCUCUACUGCACUAUUUCACUUGGUUAAGAGGAGUUCCUCAAAUUUGUGUCAAAAGAUUAAGAUCUACGUGAUGAGGAACAGAUUGAUUGGAUUGCCUGGGGAUUAUAAGUAUGUCCCAGGCGUACUUAUCUGGUUGCAUAGGGCAGGAAGAGAAGGCAUGCUUAUAUGCACGUGUCAGCUAGCAUGUUAGUACGGCAUAAUGAUGAAAGACAUGGAAAGGGUUUCCGCUAUUUUGUCACAUUAGGCACUGGCCUGUUCUCUUUAGACAGCUACUCUCCUAGAACAUACAUAGGGGUUAUUUUUCUUUGAUCGUAUCUGAGGGGCCAUAUGCUAUUUUAUUUUGUUCAACCUAAGAUCUGUUUUCCUGCAAUCAUGUGAUACUACCAGCUUAUGCCUUGAGAUUUGAUCGUCAUGAACGAUGAAUCUGAUCAAGUUUCACUAAACACAAUGGUUGGUUGUAUGCAAGCAUGUUUUAUGUUGGUUCAUGAUCUGGAAAUGUUCUCGACUCUUUUUUCUUAUUCUUUGAUGUCUUUAGACAUGGAACUAGUCUUGUCUAAUCGUAGAUCUUAUGUUCUGUAUGUAUGCUGCUUCUGGUCAGGAAAUAGACCCAGCCUAUCUGUUGAAUGCCCGAAA